AGGGAGAAAGAAGAAGACGGCGUUCCGAACGGUCGCGUUUUUCAUGUUCUCCGCUCCAAAGGAUUUAUCGGCCCCUGGCCGAGGUGCUGCUCAGGCGUCAGCCAGCAGCAAUGACUACCGUAUUGUGCUACCUCGUCUUCCUACCGGUAAGCUGGUUGUGGACUCCGUUUUCCUGCAUGCUGACUUAGCUGGUCGACCGUACACAGCCCAAGACUUCAGAGACGCCCUUCGGAAUGUUAUUGACCUAAAGGAAAUAAGUUCCAUUGGCCAAUUUCAGAUGUCGCACGUGUGGAUGCUGACGUGCAAGUCACCGAUGACAAAAUCAAAUCUAGUCACGUGCGGAGAUUUAUCAGUGAAAGGAAGACGCUGCAUCGUCAUGGACCCUGAGCCCACGGAAGUAAAAAUGAAGCUUUUAUGGCUACCUGAGCGUUUGGAAGACGCCUACAUUCGAGAUUCACUCCAGGCAUACGGGAAAGUGAAAUCUAUAUCAGCAGAAAGCUGGAGAGUAUCGGAGAUGGAAGAAAUGCGUACUCUAAAUCGUGAUGUGGUGUUGUCUCUUGCUGACGGAGUAGGUGUGGGUGACGUUCCACAUCUCCUACCUGUCUGUGGAGUGCAGAGCCUUGUACUGAUUCCAGGCAGACCCCCGCUUUGUCUCCGCUGUAACAAGGUUGGCCACAUUCGUCGCAAUUGCUGCAGAACUCCACGUUGUGAAGACUGCCGGCGCUUUGGCCACACAGCUGAAGAAUGUGUGGUAACAUACGCCGACAAGUUACGACAUAGGACACGACCUCCUGAUGAAUGCGUGCAAGAACACAUAAUGGACGCCACAGAGGUUCUCGACGCGACCGGAGAUGUUCCUUCUGCCGCGGAGACCAGUUGUGCCGGCAAGUCUCGUCUAGAUGUAAAAGACAAUGUCAUCGCACAACCGCCCAAGGACAAGGAAGGUAGCAAAGCGACAGAUGAUCAGUCCAAGCAACAGUGCAAUGAGGCGCCCGUAAUCACACAGCCAGUUCCUGCCCAGCAAGCUAAAGAGGCAGCCGAAAAUGAAUCAUCUGCUUCACCCAAGCUUCUCGACACGUGCCCUGUGCUGGUAGAGGACAGACGAAGUAACGCGGAUGCAUCAAUUCCGAAGCGCCGCGCGACAAACACAUCAGAAACAAGCACGGACAGCGACACGACCAGUACCACAAGAAAAGCACGUCGCCGCAAGACAUCGAAACACUCAGGAAAGUGCCGACGAUCACGGUCCAGGAGGCCUGGUGGGGGUUCGGAGGGAGCCUCACCGUUGCCAUCAAGGACCGACCACAUAGAUAAUUAGGUCCGUAUAGUGGUUAGUCACCAUGGCGCUGACACAGCAACUUCUCUUCGCAACUUUGAAUGUACGGGGCCUUAGGUCUUUGCAGAAACAGGCACAGCUUCGCCGGCUUUUAUCUAGGCAUCGCCUCGACUUCGUCGCCGUGCAGGAGACGAAGAUUGAGAGUGAUGACGAAACAGAAAGGGCCUUGCGACCUUUUCUGUCUGAAUAUAAUGUCUGCGUUUCACACGCCCUUGGUUUAUCCGCGGGCUGCUUCCUGUUUCUGAAAAAGAGCCUACUUUGUUCAGCAUUUAGUUACCAUGUGGACGCUGAAGGCCGAUACAUAUACUGCGAUUUUGUGUUGCAGGGUGUGCCAUGGCGAAUAGUUAACCUCUACGCAUUUAAUGACGCUGCCAAACGAAUUCUUUUAUUUGAUACUGUGUCUAAUCUACUGGACUGUGAACGCUGCAUUGUGUUAAUGGGAGAUUUCAAUUGUGUAUGUGAUCCGAGUGAUCGAAGUGGGAUUAACAUUCAGCGAGACAGGAGUGGUGAAGUUUUGUCUAACGUGAUAGAGAAUGCAGGGCUCAUAGAUAUAGGAGCGUCGGGACAGGGUUCUUGCUCUUAUACACGAAUUCAAGGUCACUCUUACGCCCGCCUUGAUCGAAUUUAUGUCUCUUCAUCACUCCUCUCCCGAGGACUGUCUUGUAGUACUAUCCCAGU